AUGGCAGCUACGAAUGUCGUUGUGCUCCGGGCUAUGCUGGAAGCCCGGAUAGUCCGCACGGUUGUGUUGGUAGAUGUGGACGAAUGCCAGUUGUCCGAUUUCUAUUGUGGCGAGAAAGGAGUUUGCAGGAAUUUGGUGGGUAGCUACGAAUGUGAGUGUGCAGAAGGCUUCCAGCGUGACCAAUACACGGGACAGUGCGUGGACAUUGACGAAUGCAAGUAA